UAGCUGUUCUAGGACAAAGCUUGUGUGGCAGAAGUCCUGUAUAGAUAAAUAGUCUGUGUGCUGUCUACAUUUAUCACUAUAAGGAAAAUAAGCCUGGUCUGAAGACUCAUCAUGGCCGAACUGAGCGAGAGUCAGUUUUCUCUGAUGAGUCUGGAGGAUGAGCUGACCUGCAGCAUCUGUCUGAGUACCUUUGACUGUCCGGUGACCAUCCCCUGCGGACACAACUUCUGUCAGGACUGUCUCCUGGCCACCUGGAAGGACUCCUACAGCUGUCCUCAGUGUCUCACUAUCUUCUCCACCAAACCGGAGCUGAAGAAAAACACGGUUCUCAGCACCGUCGUUGAGACCAUCAGCAUGACAAGCAGGAGCGAGGCCGGCCAGGUGGUGGAGGAGAGCAAAGCCGAGAAAAAGGAUGUUCUACGCUGUGAUACGUGUAUGGAGGCAGAGGCGUCCAAAACCUGCCUCACCUGCAUGGCCUCUUUCUGUGACGAGCACCUGCGGCCUCACCGGGAAAACCCAAUAUUUCGCCUCCACCAGCUGAGUGAACCUGUGGGCGACCUGUCGGAGCGGAUCUGCCCGGACCACCACAAGCUGAUGGAGCUGUUCUGCAGCCAACAUGGCCGUCCGAUCUGCAGCCUCUGCCUCCAGCAAGUCCACAAAGGCUGUACCUUCGUGUCUCCUGAGGAGCAGAGGAACCUGAUAGAGUCUGACCUCAGGGACAAGUUGGGCUUACUGGACGGGAAGAUAGAGAAAACUGAGACUGUUCUGUUUCAAAUGAAUGACAUGCAGAGCAAGCUGAAGGACACAGCAACCAAAAGGAAGACAGCAUUGGCAGCUGUGUAUCAGCAGAUGCGGGAUAUGUUGGCCCAAGAAGAACGUGAGGCCCAAUAUGAGGUGGACCACGAGCUUGAGAACAGCCAGACUAAACUUCAGGACCUCAUGAAGAGGUUGAUUGAGAAUACUGAGAAGAUGGCAAAAGCCCGUGCAGAUGUCAACAGUCUGCUGAGUCAGUCCCAAACCCUGGCCUUCCUACAGGCUUCAUUUGACUUGCCUAAGGCUGUAAAGUUUGAUGCUCACGUGCCUCGAAUCACCCUGGACUCCAAGAAGGUGACAGCAACACAGACCUUUGCUGCUGCGCUGAGGGAGCAUCUGGCAGAGAUCCUUAAACAGCCUGUUGAGGCCAGACUACUGAUGCUUAAACAAGAUGAAAAAGCAGUUCCUGUCUCAGGACCUGCAAGUACUGAAAGUACUGGAUCUCAGCCGGUAUCUGAAGUACCAGAGCCUCCAGAGCAGAAAAACAUGCCCAGUUCCCACAGUCCAGGAUGUCCACCAGUCCAGCCAUUAUUCCAGCCCAUUCCUGUACCUGUUUAUAUAGGGUCACAGGCAGGCUGGAAUCUACCCCAGCACCAUCCACCAGGCGUCUACAGGGGUCCUCGAUUUACAGGACAAAAGACAAAUCCCCAGAAAUGUCAAGGAAAAACUAAGACAACCAUAUCAGAAAAGAAAGAGAAGAAAAUCAUCUGCAAGCCAGGUCAUAAAGGGAUCCCGAAGAAGACUGGAGAAGCAUCCAACAGAAGCCACACAGUCAAAAACAAAGAACAAGACAAAGGGCCCCCGAAUGCUUCAGGAGAGAAUACCCAAAGUGGGAAAGGAUCUGAUUUUAAGAAGAAAGACAAACCCAGAAGCCACCCGUCAUCAGAGAAAUCAACAAAGCCCCACCCAAGGCCUCAUAAAAAUAAGUAAACACAGUCCAUGUAUUUGCUUCUGCAAUCCUGGUUUGAGGCACUAUAUUAGACUUGUGCAUCAUAAAAAGGGAGCCUAUCAGCCAGUCACAUGAUAGAGAAUAGCACAGUCCUGCUGGUUAAAUAAACAGCAUACACACAUACAUACACAAAGUCUGCCUUUGACACUUAUUUGCAUUACUUUAAAUAAUAGUCAUAAUGGAUAUAUAUAUAUUGUAUGUUUUUACAGGACAUAUUUACGUAAAUGAUUGAGUGUGGUAGCAGGUGCUUUGAAAUGACCACAUUUCUCAACAACUUGAGCACAGUAUUUGUUACAUUGGUAAAUGAUUAACACAUCCAUUGAUAUGUCAGUGUGAUGUGUUCGAAGCAACAGGAGCACAUGACUGCUGUGAUCUCUGACCAGGGAUUAUAACAGCAGUUUUUCCCCCCACAAAUUCUGUAUAUAAUUUAUAAUUUAUCAAAUGAAAACACAGAGACAUGUGGCUUAUAUAUGAAAAUAUUUAUGGGAAUGUCUUCAAAUUCAAAAGAUCGCUUCUUUACAUUCAGUUCAAUCACAAUCCAUUUUUCUCACCUGUAGAAAUAAUUUCACCAAACCCUCUUUAUCAUUUUUGUAAACAGCUAUGUUUUACAUGAUUGUUUCCAAUAAAAGCUCAUUCUUUCCCAGA